UCUUGUGCAUUCUAUAUGACAGGUUUUUAUGUUGUUGCAUAACAUUUAAAACAAGCAUGAGUGAGAAAGUUAUGGAUGUUAAAGUGGAUAAAGAGAUUAUUGAUCGAAUCAAGCAUAUUGAGAGUUUUUAUGAACAAGCUCCUCCAGGAUUCUUGAAAGAAGAGGAAGAGCGACCAGAAGAUUGUAUUCCAGAUGAAGCAGCGAAUAAAGAAGCAAGGGACUUUCUUGCAAAUGCUCCCAAGAAAGGAUUAUGGAUGCCUCUUGGAAAGGAAGUCAAAGUCAUGCAAUGUUGGAGGUGCAAACAGUAUGGCCACCGAACAGGGGACAAAGAAUGCCCCAUGUUUAAAUCUGGAAAUUCUGCAAUUGAAAAGUUUCGUGAGGCUUAUGAGGACCCGAUGUAUCAUUUUGUUGAGUCUUCAAAAAGAGAAGAAAACGAAAAAAAGAAAAACUGGCUUCAACAGUUGUUGGACAUGCCAACAACCAGCGAGUCCAGCAGUGAUGACGAAUCAAAGAAACACAAGAAAAAGAAGAAAUUAAAAUCUAAAAAACAUAAAAAUCAAGAAAAAGAGAAAAAGGUUAAGAAGACGAAAAAACAUCACACAGAAGAAUGUACGAUUGAGAAAAAACACCGUUCAAAUAAAAGUCACAAAAAGAAAUCUUCUCAUAGUGAUUCGGACUCUGACACAUCAAACAAACGACAUUUACAUGAUUUUAAACAUAAAAAAAGGAAACAUGAUAAUUCACCUAGUAGAAAACAUGUUUCAAAAAAGCAUAAACACAAAUCUUAGUAUCAUUUUAUUUUGUUUUUUUAAUUAUAUGCCGAGAUCAAUUUCAUACAGACUAAGUGAUUUCAGCCAUAGAUACCCAUUAUUUACUUGUAUAUUUUAAAGUAACUUCUGUUAAAGCCAAAUUAAUGUCUGUUGGCAUCAACUGUCACUUUUUUGUAACCGUGCUCAACUUAUGUAGUCCAGAAGGAGUUUUGAGCACUUCAACAAAUGGCUAUAUUACGACGAAGCACAGGGGAAGGUGAUUAUUAAUUAUUAUUUGAACUAUCAUUUGUUAUACAAUACUGUUGUUUUCGUAAAUAAAUUUUAUUCAAAACCUGUG